UCCACAGGACAGUGGAGACCUCACAGCACCCAGGAGCUGUUGUUCUUCAGAGAUGUGGCUCUCUGCUCUGGUCCUGGUCUCCCUCAUCACUUCUGACGCUUGGGGACACCCGUCCAAGGCGCCUGUGGUGGACACUGUGCAGGGCAAAGUCCUGGGGAAGUACGUCCCCCUGAAAGGAUUCACGCAGCCCGUGGCCGUCUUCCUGAGCGUCCCUUUCGCCAAGCCGCCUCUCGGGUCCCUGAGAUUCGCGCCCCCACAGCCUGCAGAGCCAUGGAGCUCUGUGAAGAACACCACCUCUUACCCACCCAUGUGCUCCCAAGAUGCAGUGGGGGGCCAAGUGCUGUCAGAGCUCUUUACCAACAGAAAGGACAGCAUCCCUCUCAAGACUUCCGAAGACUGUCUCUACCUAAAUAUCUACACUCCUGCUGACUUGACAAAGAAAAGCAGACUUCCGGUGAUGGUGUGGAUCCACGGAGGGGGUUUGGUGGUGGGCGCAGCAUCAACCUAUGAUGGCCUGGCCCUCUCUGCCCAUGAAAAUGUGGUGGUGGUGACCAUCCAGUACCGCCUGGGCAUCUGGGGAUUCUUCAGCACAGGAGAUGAACACUGCUUAGGAAACUGGGGUCACUUGGACCAGUUGGCUGCUCUGCGCUGGGUGCAGGAGAACAUUGCUAACUUUGGAGGGAACCCAGGCUCUGUCACCAUCUUUGGAGAAUCAGCAGGAGGUGAAAGUGUCUCUAUUCUUGUUUUAUCUCCCUUGUCUAAGAACCUCUUCCACCGGGCUAUCUCUGAGAGUGGUGUGUCCCUCACCUCUGUUCUGGUCAAGAAGGAAAUGAGUGCUGCAGCUCAGCAAAUUGCUUUCUUUGCUGGUUGUAAGACAACCACUUCAGCUGUCCUUGUUCACUGCCUGCGCCAGAAGACAGAGGAAGAGCUUUUGGACGUGUCGCUGAAGAUGAAAUUUUUCUCUCUUGAUUUACUUGGAGACCCCAGGGAGAGCCACCCAUUCCUGCCCACUGUGGUUGAUGGAGUGCUGCUGCCGAAGACCCCUGAAGAGAUGAUGGCUGAAAAGAACCUGAACACUGUUCCCUACAUGGUUGGAAUCAACAAGGAUGAGUUUGGUUGGCUUCUGCCAAUGAUGAUGGGCUACCCACUCUCAGAAGGCAAGCUGGACCAGGAGUCAGCCACAUCUCUCCUAUGGAAGUCCUAUCCUGUUGUUAAUGUCCCCGAGGGACUGACUGCAGCGGCCACUGAGGAGUAUUUAGGAGGGACAGACGACCCUGUCAAAAAGAAAGACCUGUUCUUGAAAAUGAUGGCAGAUUUGAUAUUUGGUGUCCCCUCUGUGAAUGUGGCCCGUAGUCACAGAGAUGCCGGAGCCCCCACCUACAUGUAUGAGUACCAGUACAGCCCAAGCUUCUCGUCAGAGCUGAAACCCAAGGUGUCAGACCACGGGGAUGAGCUCUUCUCGGUCUUCGGAGCCCCAUUUUUAAAGGAAGGUGCCUCUGAAGAGGAGAUCAAACUCAGCAAGAUGGUCAUGAAAUUUUGGGCCAACUUUGCUCGGACUGGGAACCCCAAUGGGGAGGGGCUGCCACACUGGCCAGCAUAUGACCAGAAGGAAGGGUACCUGCAGAUUGGAGCCACCACACAGGCAGCCCAGAAGCUGAAAGACAAGGAAGUGGCUUUCUGGGCUGAACUCCUGGCCCAGGAGGCCGCAGAGAAGCCGCCACACACAGAGCACAUUGAGCUGUGAGCAGCAGGCCUGACUGGCCUCAACGCCCAGGAGGGCCCAGGAGGGUUUCUACGGGAGGCAUUUAUGGGCCAAAGAGGUGAAUUCUCAUGGAGACUGGGCAAUUUCUGGUGGGGAAGGGCACA